AUGGCUGGCAAGCCGGGUGAAAAGUGGCAAUGGCAUCCGCGCGAGCUGCCACGACUCUUCGAAUCAUCGCUCUCCAAAGUCUUGCGGACUCGUCCAGUUUGGUUAUUUGUUGACGCGUUAGACGAAUGUGGCCAAAGGAAUGCAGUUAAGCUGGUCCGUGACUUCAAGUCUCUGCUACAGGGACUAGCCUCUACUGAUUCACAGUUUCACAUCUGCUUCACUUGCCGCCACUACCCGAUUCUAGGCCAAACUUGUCAGUUCGAAAUAUGCCUGGAGGAGGAGAACAGACAGGAUAUUUCGACCUACGUGCGAGCGCAGCUUUCUCUAUCCCGUGAGCUAACAGCAUCUACAAUCCCGGAUUUAAUUACAAAACAUGCCCAGGGUGUUUUCAUAUGGGCAUAUCUCGUGGUAGAUCGAAUCCUGGGCCUUAAUAAUGAAGGAGAAGGAUUAAAAAGGAUUGAAAAGGAGAUCUAUUCCAUCCCUCCGGAGCUAGAUGACCUCUACAACGAACUCAUCCGAAAUAUGGAUGAGAGACCAGCUUCUCUCAAACUGAUUCAGUGGAUCUGCUUUUCUGUGCGACCCUUGUCACUAGACGAAUUGCGGUGGGCCAUGAUAAUCGAUGCCGAUUGCCCUAGCAAGUCAUUACAGGAAUGCAAGAACAUGGAAGAUCAUAUAUCAGACAGUGACAGAAUGAACAGGCGAGUUCAAACGCUCAGCUGUGGCCUCGUCGAGGUGACAUCAGAUGCGAAAGUUGUACAGUUCAUCCACCAGUCCGUCAAGGAUUUUUUCACAGAGAAGGGCCUGUCGGCUAUGAGUGAGACCACCAACCGCAGUAUUAUAGUUGGAACUGCACACCAUCGGCUUUCUAGGACCUGUAUACGCUACCUGGCGAUGGAGGAAGUCGUUCGUUCGGUAGGUCAAAAGUCUGAUCACUUGAAAUCUGAGUUUCCUUUCCUGCAUUACGCCACGACCUCGUGGGUGGCGCACAUAAAGCAAAGCGAUGCCAGAAGUGUCCCUCAAGAGGAUCUUUUGCAAUAUUUUACAGGGCCAUCAAACACUCUUAUGGAACGAUGGGUGUGUAUCUAUGGAUUAUUGAAAAGAUAUUUUGAUGACUGUCUGCCAGAAGGGACCAGUCUAGUGCACGUCAUGUCGAGGUAUGGAGUGGUAGGAGCGUUAGGGGCCAUUUUGGGAAGGGCAGACCAAGUUGGUAUUGAUAUCGAUGGCGAGGAUUCGGAUGGUCGGACGCCGCUAUGGUGGGCAGCUGAGAGAGGGCACGAGGCCGUCGUGCAGCUGCUUCUUGAAUGGAGCGCCUAUACUGAGGCGGCGGACAAGGACGGCCGGACGCCGCUGCUAUGCGCCGUCGUGCAAGGACAUGAGACCGUCGUACGGCUGCUCCUUGACCAGGGCGCUAAUACUAAUGCAGUAGAUAAGGACGGCCGGACGCCGCUAUGGUGGGCCUCCUUGGAAGGGCAUGAGGCUAUUGUGCGGCUGCUCCUUGACUGGGGCGCAGACACUGAGGCGGCAGAUAAAGAUGGCCAGACGCCGCUACGAUUAGCUGCCGACAGGGGACAUGAGGCUACUGUGCAGCUGCUCCUUGAUCAGGGCGCUGAUACUGAUGCGGCGGGCAAGAACGGUCAGACGCCGCUAUGGUUGGCCGCUUUGAAAGGACAUAAGGAUAUUGUGCGGUUGCUUAUUGAACGGAACGCCUCUGUUGAGGCGGCGGAUAGGUGGUGGGGCCGGACGCCGCUGCUAUGCGCCGUCGCGCAAGGACAUGAGGCCGUCGUGCGGCUGCUCCUUGACCAGGGCGCCUAUACUGAGGUGGCAGAUAAGGGCGGCCGAACACCGCUAUGGUGGGCAGUUGAGAGAGGGUACGAGGUCGUCGUGCGGCUGCUCCUCGAUCGGGGCACCCAUACUGAAGUGGCGGAUAAGUGGGAGCGGCGGACGCCGUUGUGGAGGACCGCUGAGAAUGGGGAUGAUGCUAUUAUGCGGCUGCUACUUGAUCGGGGUGCUGAUACUGAGUCGGCGGACAAGGACGGCCGGACACCGCUGUUGAUGGCCGCUGCGUGGGGACACGAGGCUACGGUGCAGCUGCUCCUUGACUGGGGCGCUGAUACCGAUGCAGCAGAUAAGGACGGCCGAACGCCACUAUGGUGGGCCACCUUGAAAGGGCAUAAGACCAUCGUGCGGCUGCUCAUCGACUGGGAUGCCUCUGUUACGGCAGUGGAUAAGAACGGCCGAACGCCACUAUCAACAGCCGCUUUAAAAGGGCACAAGGACAUUGUACAGCUGCUCCUUAACCGGAGCGCCUCUAGGGAAGCGGCGGAUAAAGAUGGCCGGACGCCGCUACGGUUGGCCGCCGAAAGAGGGCACGAGGCCGUCGUGCGGCUGCUCCUAGAACGGGGCACCUGUACUGAGGCCUAG